AUGGCCCUCCACAAUAGACAGACUCCUGCAGAGAUUCCCGUGCCUGAAACAGAGAAUGCUUGCGCAGUGGGUCCUAUCAGCUGCCUUAUAAAAAACAUCCUGGAUAGGGAGCAAAAAUCCCAGCAAUAUCAAGAGCAAUUGGAGUUGAGGAUCAGCCACGACCACAAUGCUUAUCAGCGUAUACGGGAGUACUGUGUUUCCGUUGAAAAGGCAAGGGCGCAGCAAGAGUCUAAACUGGCCGAACUCAUCGAAGCUGAGCGGUCUGUAUGCCGGAACUUGACACUGGAGAGACAGAAAGUUGAGGACUUGCAGAUGCGUCUUGCAAACCAGCGUACAAUUAAUGGGACCUUGCUGUUUUUACUGGCCCAAACCGGAGACAAAACUCUUACAAUGCCAAAUAUUGAACAUGUUCUUCGCGAGAACGAAUCGCAACGCGGAAUAAUUAGUGCACUUCACUCUGCACUACGUGAACGUGAUGAUAUGGUGCACCACCUGCAGAUGGCUUUACAAGAGAUCUCGCAAGACGGAGGUUUCACAGAGAGCCCUGGAUUUGAGUGGGAGCAUUCGUCAGAUGGAAAUGUGUCAGCCGACCCUAGUGAUUCAAGCACAGUAUCCACUCUGGUAGAGGCAGACAAGGAAUCUUGA